CGGUUUCUAGGUUCCAUGGAAAUUGUCCUAAGUGGUUCUGUUAGUCCUUUUAUUUAAAAGGAGCCCAAAAAACUCUCGGUAGGUUUUAAUUUUUCUCGAGUUUGAUUCGCCGUAAACCGAUGUUUUCGAUAGGUUUUUAUGCUGAAAUUUGUCAAAAAAGAGAUAAAAGAGGCUCGAGUCAUUUGAUCAUUGCACCAUCGCCCUAGAGAUCUGGUUUUGGAACGAAUCGCAGAAAGAGCUCGACAGCUAUUCUUCUUUUUCGUUUUGAAUCUUCUGUGGUUUCUUUGGUGAGGUGGGAUUCUUCCGAUCUUUUCGUUCCUGGCUAAAAAUGAGAGCAUUUGGAGGUGUUUGUGCUCAAAUUUCUAAAUAGAUGGCUCAUUUUAUUCUGCCUCUGUUGAUCCUGGUGCAACUGCCUUGGUCUUUGGUUUGUGGAUCGGUGCCGACCAUCUCGAAAGUUUGUAGAUUUGAUCAUGUUGAAUACUCAAUGUCGUCGGACGGUUAUCACCUUGCAAUUAAUCAAGAGAGGAUAGAGGAUCCUGUUUUGAUAUGUGAAGCAGUGGAAACCUAUUUCAACAGUGGGUGUUUGUUCUGUGACUCCCAGGUGGAAUCAUGGAGGAAGAUUGGCAAGCAGUACUGUAGUCAGGACUUUACUGUACCAGUCAAUAUGAAGUGCAAUCCUAUUUCUGUGGAUUUAGUUCGAAGGGCAGGGAGAAAACUGUUGCUGCAGUUUUCAGCAAAUGCUUCCAACCUUGAUCAGUUGACCAGAAAGGGUCAGUUGCAAGAAGAAGAGCUAGAUAUUAAACAUUCUUCAGCAUCAGAUAAUGUUCCUCUGGCUGUACCAGGAAUCUUCCUCAUCUGUUGUGCUUUUUUGUGCCCUUGCUUUCAUGCAAGGAGGAAAGAAGCAAGCGAGCAUAAUGUUCUAGACAGAGAGUUGAAUUCAAUGGAUUCAGUUUCAUCUAUAGAAGUACGUUCAGCCUCUGAAAAGAUCCCCACAACUCCUCUCAGAGUGCCUCCUAGCCCGUCUCGGUUCUCAUUAUCUCCACAAUUGAGUAGAAUUGGAACACUACAUCUCACUAUGAAUCAGAUCAUCAAAGCUACUCAGAGCUUCUCUCCUUCAUUAAGGGUAGGUGAAGGGAUAUUUGGAACUGUGUACAAGGCUGUGCUGCCAGAUGGUCUGGUUGUUGCUAUUAAACGAGCAAAGAAGAUUUUUGUACAGGAACAAAUUCCAGCAUUACGAGAUGAAUUUAGUAAUGAAGUUGAACUGCUUGCGAAAGUCGAGCAUCGAAACUUAGUCAGGUUGCUUGGUUACAAUGACAAAGGAAAUGAGCGCAUUAUCAUUACCGAGUAUGUUCCGAAUGGUACUCUCAGGGAGCAUCUGGAUGGUCAGCAUGGAAAGAUUCUGGACUUCAAGCAACGAUUAGAAAUAGCUAUUGAUGUUGCCCAUGCCUUGACUUAUCUCCAUCUAUAUGCAGAAAGGACGAUAAUUCACCGAGAUGUGAAGUCAUCUAACAUUCUGCUGACAGAAAGCUAUAGAGCCAAGGUUUCUGACUUUGGGUUUGCACGAACUGGCCCAACGGACACAGAACAGACUCACAUCUCGACAAAAGUGAAAGGAACAGCUGGGUACCUUGACCCGGAAUACCUGAGGACCUAUCAACUCACGCCCAAGAGUGAUGUAUUUUCCUUUGGAAUAUUGCUCAUAGAAAUUCUCUCUGGAAGGCGCCCAGUAGAACUCAAGAGAGGCAUAGAUGAAAGAAUUACUGUUAGAUGGGCUUUUAAUAAAUAUAAUGAGGGCAAUCUGAGGGACAUUUUGGAUCCUUUGCUGGAGGAAGUGGUAGAUGAGGAGGUGCUGGGGAGGAUGCUCAGUUUGGCAUUCCAAUGUUCUGCUCCUACACGUGAUGAUCGACCCGACAUGAAAGAAGUUGGAGAACAGCUAUGGGAGAUACGAAGGGAGUUUGGGAAGAGCCUUGGGAGAGCAUCAAGUAGCUCUGCUAAGCUGCAGUUGAGAACUUGAGAUGAUAUAGGGCAUUGUAAAGGAAAUCAGUUGUUUACGUCUCUAUUCCGGAAUAUAAAGGAAAUCAGUUGUUUACGUCUCUAUUCCGGAAUAGGAUGUCAGUUUAAGCACUAUUAAACCUUCAGUUUUCUUUGUUGUUCUCACAAUUCCAGUAUCAUUCACAUUUCUUUUUGUGCUCAACAGUAGGACACCAGAAAAUAAUACAGUGAUGGUAUAUUUCAUCAGUCAAAAGCUUUGUUCCAUGACAUGGACAAUGGAAGAGUUUAUACAAAUUAUUCAGAAGCCACAUUUUUGAUAUGCUAUCAGUUCGUGCUGUAAUUUUUGAACUUAGUAGCUUAGGUCAUUCUUGCAUAUAUUUGAAUCCUCUGGGUGGCAUU